AUGAAUAAAAAUGGGUUAGGUUUCGAAAUUUGUGAAGUUUGUCAAUUUAAAUAUAUUAUUGAAUUAGUAGUUACUCGUGAUAUAACAUUAAUUAUUUUAUUAAUUCAAGCAAUCAUCAUUGGAAUGACAUUUAUAUUACAAGCUGCUGAUAAGAAAAGUCAUGGUAUUAAAAAUUUAUAUCCAGAUUCGAUGAGUGCAUUUGGUGUUUAUUAUUUAAACAGCUUAAUAUUACUAUUUGCUCUAUUAGGAUUAUUUGGUUUCAUUGCUCUUUGCUGUGGAUUGGUAAACAAUAAUGAUGAUAAUAGAUGUGAUUGUGAUUGUGCUCGUUAUCCAUGUAUAUGUAUAAGUCUAGAUUGUAAUGGUUGUGAAGAAAAUGAUAAUUGUGAUGGAAAGGGUGCUGAUGCAAUAGUGAUAGUUAUUGUGUUGAUAUUUGCAAUUAUUGGAGUAUUUGUCGGUAUUAUGCUCAGUGUCAUGGUUAUACGAGAAACAAUGAAACGUCAUACCAAGAAAUUAUGGUUAAGACAGGAAGCUAAAAAAUAUGUUGUCAAAGAUUUUCAAGGAAGAAGAAAUGAAUUACUAAACAUGACAUCUCGAUAUCGUUAUACAAACUUGCCAAUGGAUCAAACAACUCAUCGUGAUAAAAGUGAGAUAACGCCAUCAGCACCGAUUGAAUUAUUACAAGUAUCUACGCAAUGA